UCUUUCAACAUUGAAGUUGCUGUUUAGUGGAUAGGUGAGUGCGCUGGAUCUUGUGUUUUGUAUUAUUUGGCCCCCAGCAGCACCCCCAUUUUGCAUGUUCAGGUGAGUGCGGCCAACCCCCCCUUGUUUCAUUUAUAUAUAUUUGGGAGUCUGGCCAACUCUUUGGUUUUGCACCCCUCCCUGUCACAGGUGCCUCAUCCCAGGGCGCUAUUUAGCCUUGUACUGCAGAGAGCCCCAGAUGGAAUUUUUUUUCCCCCUCAAGUAAGUGGGUUAAUCUCAUAAGAGCAGACAUUAGGCUGUUAGUGUAGGACCUGCCAAAGAUGGGGUACAUUGACGUUGUGGCAGGCUUAUGCAAUGUAUGAUCAUAUAAUGUAACUAAACCCCCAUUAUUUUUGCCUAGAUUAGGUGUUUUUAAAAAAAAAAAAAAACGAAUAAAAUCUUUCAACAUUGAAGUUGCUGAGAAACAUGGGUGACUUAAAGGAGGGACAUAGCAUCCAGUUUGAAUCGGUCUUGACGUGUCUCUGGAACAAUAGGAAAACGACCUAUUGGGAAAACCAUAAGACAGGAAAUGGAGGGACGGUGAAAGGCAUAGUCUAAAGCAUUCAUUCCAUUUAAUACAUAUAAGGGAGACAUACAGGCACUCAGAACAACACAGCAUAUAGCAGAUCAAAGGCCAUUGGUCCUGAGGAUUCUAUUAAAAAUACAACAAGUGUCAGGGCCCCUCCCACACAGGGACAACAGACCCUUUUAGGGUUGGUGCCAGUCCCAUAGUCUGUGAGUAGGAGGCUGACCUUUACGCCUUUCCAGAAGGCCCUGAUACAGGGCUUCCGUCACAGCCAUAUUCUUUUAAGCCCACAGCAUCCCAAUACGGUUUGUCCUACACCAACUAUGCCAUGGGAGAGAAACCGUUUAACUUCCUAAGUGUCUCCUGGAGUGGAGGGGUAGGGUGUAUAUAUUAAAAAGUAAAUGGGGGUUCGCACUCUGGUCUGCUCACUGUUGAGUACGUCAUUAAAUGGGAGCAUAUGGCACAGUGGGUACUAUCAGCAGGGGCUAUGUUGCUGGUUUACCAAGUCAGCCAUCUGUCCUUUGAGUGGUUUAAAAAGAUCUAGCAAGGUCCAUAUUUAUCUAGUGACCCUGUAAGGAGGUGCUCCAUGUGGGAGGUUACAAACCAUUAACGUCCACCCGCUAAUUGCAGAUGUUCAUGUAUGUUUUCCAGAUGGAUUUUCCUUGUCCUCUUUUUCCUGAAUUUUACAAUGAGGGUCCCAGCAAUGGAGUAAUAAUUAGUGGUCCUCCUGUACAGGGAUGGGGGGAGCUUGGCAAGGUGCAUCAGUCCACUGUGGACCCUCCAGAGGUAAGCCUCUAGCAGAUUUUGUCUACUUGGGUCAGUUUGCUCAGGUUUGUCUAUAGACUGACAAUCUGUUUAUACUUUGGAUGUGCACUAGUUGUGCCGCAUUGUAUGACUGUGCCUGGCGCCUGCUGGCUGUAAUAUACCUUAUGACAUCUGUGGGUGCUGGCUGGUGUCAGGGUGGGUGUCAUGCUCUGUUUUUGUCUCCCCCAGGCUGGUUGCAGCUUUAUUCCAUUUUGUAGCAGAACUGCAGAAAAAUGGGUUACUGUGGAACCCACCCCUCUCCCCUUCCUGGAGCCCAAUACCGGUAGGAUGAAUGGCUUAAAUCCUGUUCUGUGUCAGUACGUGUUUAAAAGCCCUGUGGAGGGAACACAUCUGUGGCUGCCUUUCCAACUUUGGGGAUUGCUCUGUGGGCUGAGGGGACGGGUCUGUUGGUGUUUUGCUGUGGUAGAGGGAUCAUUCUCUGGGUACUCAGAGUGGGGGCACAUGGCUUUGUUUGCAGUUUUUAGGGUUGAGUACUCCACCACUUGGCAGUGCAUGGUGAGGAGGGCAGUUCACUGGGGUGGGUACUCAUCCAAGUAGAAUUUGAUGGGGGGGGGGGGGGGCACUCUGCCAGCUGGGGGUAUGUGGCUUGGUGGAGCAGUUUUCUGGGGUGGAUACUCUGCUAUCUGGUGGUAUGUGGCUUGGUGGGCAAUGGACUGACCAUUUUUGGCAUAAUGUUAUGUUUAUACAGGCUGCGGAUUUUCUCCAGUGACAGAAAGGGACCUGUUUAUUCCACACAAACGGACUCUCUGUGAAGAUGUCAAGCUCAGGGAUGCAGCAAAAAAAAUGAAUUUCAGCAAACAGGUUAGAGACCCACAACAGAUUCUUGCAUACCCUGUGUCUUUGGAUCUAACCGACCGCUCCGCCGAUAGACUCAUGACCUGCCUGAGCAAAGCUAACCAAUAGCAGUAUGGACUUGGGAUAGCAACCAAUUACACUAGGAAUGCUGGGAGUCAAUCCGCAAAUCCAGGCUCUGAUUGUUUUUUAUUAAUCUUGGGUUAGGUUAUGGGCAGGAGAAGAGGGUGCAGGGAUUGGCCAGUUGUUUCCUGUGUUAAGGGCUCAGAGGAGGGUGCAUGGAUUGGCCAGUUGUGUUCAAGGUUAUGGGCAGGAGAGGAGGGUGCAGGGAUUGGCUAGUUGUGUCCUAGGUUAUGGCAGGAGAGGAGGGUGCAAGGAUUGGCCAGUCGUGUCCUGGGUUAGGUUUUGGCAGAAGAAGAGGGUGCAGGGAUUGGCCAAUUGUGUUGUGGGUUUUGGCAAGAGAGGAGCGUGCAGGGAUUGGCCAGGUAUGUCCUGGGUUAUGACAAAAGAGGAGGAUGCAGGGAUUGGCCAGUUGUGUCCUGGGUUAUGGGCAGAAGAUAUAUAUAUAUAUAUAUAGUGUAUAGAGUGUGAUAUUCCAGUCGUGUCCUGGGUUAGGUUUUGGCAAGAGAGGAGGGUGCAGGGAUUGGCUAGUCAUGUCCUGGGUUAUGACAAAAGAGAAGGGUGCAGGGAUUGGCCAGUUGUCUCCUGGGUUAUGGGCAGAAGAGGAGGGUGCAGGGAUUUUCCAGUCGUGUCCUGGGUUAGGUUAUAGCAGGAGAGGAGGGUACAGGGAUUGGCCAGUCGUGUCCUGGGUUAGGUUAUGGCAGGAGAGGAGGGUACAGGGAUUGGCCAGUCGUGUCCUGGGUUAGGUUAUGGCAGGAGAGGAGGGUACAGGGAUUGGCAAGUCGUGUCCUGGGUUAGGUUUUGGCAGGAAAGGAUCGUGCAGGGAUUGGCCAGACGUGUCCUGGGUUAUGGCAGUAAAGGAAGGUCCUGGGUUCACAUUAUGGGCAGUUUCCUGAAAUUGUUAUAAAACUGCUCCCUUCUUGAAGGCUUUAUAGCAAAAACAGACAUUCUGUUAAAUUAUUUCCUGCUUUUUAAAAGCUAUAAAGAAGGUAAAAAAUUAAAAUAGAAAUGUAUUCUUAUGUUCAACCCAUAAUGUGAAGCUGAGAUUGAGAAUCAGAGGCCCAUAAAAAUUUAAUUUGCAGAUACCUUAUGAAUUAUUUUAUGUGUACAUGGGAGAGCCUAUUUUACUUUAGCAUUUUGAAAAUUAUUUAUUCCUUCUUGCAAAAAAGAAAAACUUUUAGCUGUAAGCCAGUUUACAUUAUUCUUGUGAAAUGUAUCUACACAGCAGCGGUUUCUGGGAUUUGUAGUUCAGUUGUCAGAUUUCCCAGAAAUCUUUGCUGUGCUUCCUGAUUUAUGACUGUUUUAUGAGAUAGCCGACGCAGACUUAGAGGGAGGGGCUGAAAGGGAAUGCUGACAUCAGGUACAGGAACCAACAUGGCUGAAGGAUUUCAGAAUGGGAGAGGUGGGUCAAAGGAGGGCAGGGUUACAACUGCAAACAUAAAAUCAAAUAUUUAGGCAAAAACGCCAAAAUGAAUAUCACUUGUUGAUGGAAUGUCCACAGUUAGUCUGUACAGGGAGCAGCUAUUUGGUGAAUGUCCAUUUGAUCUGCAGAUUGGAAGGCUAUGUGUAGCUAUUGCAAGUUAGAGAGUUCUCUGGUUAGUACAUUUUUGAGCAGGGUCCUCAUCAACCUAUUGUUCCUGUAACAUGUUGUAAUUUUCCCAUUUGCUGUUAAUUUUCCCACUUUAAAAAAUUGUAAAGCCCUGCAGAAUACGUUGGUGCAAUAUAUUAUGAUAAAAUGAAAGGUUAAAGGAACACUGCACUGGCAUCUUUGCUGGGUGCUGUAGGGAUGGUUUUAGUGGUUUGAGACUAUUGCAUAUUGAGUCUAUUAAUCUGUCUCCACUUCCUUUUUCCUGUAUUAGCUGCACCAGUUCACAUGGGAUCACAGCGACACUGCAUUCCAUGCGAUGGGCAGGCUUCUGGAACCACACUGCUACUUCGGGGACAAAUGCAUUCGCGUGAGUCUGCCCCAGGGAGGAUCAGCCAUUCAACAGGAACUGGGUGUUUUAAGCCGUCCAUCAAGUUAGAGAGGGUUUGGGGACUAGUCACAUGAGACAGCCACUGAAAUAUCUCCAGCUUGUCACCGGAGGCCAGUAAUUGGGAAUGGCUGCGACUGUAAUGUAAUAUUACAUAUAUAUUUAUUAUUUACUAUAACUGUGGAGCACGUUACUGUAGAAUAAAUGGAAUAAUGCCACAAUUUUUUUAUACAUAGGUGGUGUAGAUGUUUGGGCACAUUGUAGAAGGGUUAUGUGUAAACGUUGCCCUUGCUGUAUUUGUUUCCAGAAGGACAGAGCAAGCCGUUUGAGGAUGACCAGUCUGCUGCAGUCUCUGAGAACCAUUCCACACCAAGAGUGAGAGUCCGGCUCUUCUUCCACUUCCCCUGUACCCACUUCACCCUGGCUCACUUGGAGCAUGACUCCCCCAGGUUUCUUUGUUCUCACUCAAAUGGCUAAUCCUAGUACCAUGUGCUGCAGCAUGUUUCCAUUAUGUUCUGUUAACGGGUUGCAUCUUUUAGUUACAGCAUUUUUGUUGUUGUUGUUAUUGGUAGCAGCCGGACAUAUGUCCUGUUCUGAUCAUGAUUCAUGGGAGUUGUACUUGUGAGUGGCAGUAACUCUCCCUAAUUUUGGACAGACUGGGAUUUGUAUGUUCUAGCGUCAUGAAUUUCGAGGUCCCACAAUGUCAGCCCAUCUGUGCAUUAUGGAGAUUAAUACAUAGAACAUAUUGUAAGGAAGUUGUGACUGGUCCCUUUAACAAUACCACUUAACCAUAAACAACACGUGCUGGGAAGCGCGUUUUCACCAAUAAGACACAACUCUUUAAAUGGUGGAGAAUGGCAGUGGAACGAAAAUUAACAGUGUGCCAGACAGUCCUGCAUGCAUUGGUCAUAAUGUGCAAAUAAAUAAAAUAAUCAGAAAUAGGAAAAAAGAAGGAAGGGGUUAUGGAGUGGAAUAAACCACCACCACUGCCCUGGAGAAGGUUACAGGAGGGUAUAGGGGGCUUGACCCCAGAAAAUGACAACAAUUUACAUUAGGAGGUAUUAUUACUGAAUGGGUUGGAUUUUCCACCUACUUUUUGUGAGUGGAUCCUCUACCCCAUUUUCUUUGUUCUCAUUGUUGAAAUAAAAUAAUCACUUGGGUAAACAUUAAAGUGACACUAUAGUCACCAAAACAACCUUUAUAAUAUCUGCAAUCUAUGUCGUAGCCAUGGGAGGAAAUUCCAAGUAAUUCGGAAAUACACCACAUAAACAUAUUGUCAAUUUCUGAGCGGAUUGAACAAUAACAACAUGUACAUAUUCUGUGUAAUCCUGUGUAGAUAGUCCUUGUUCUCAGGUGGUACCGCGAGUCUACAGCAAUCUGUACAAUGAUAUAGGUAAAACAUAUCAAACAUACACAACAAUAACUCGGAGAGAAAAUGAUCCAUUCAGAGGUUUCGAGACUCCAGGGCUAUAACAUUCUAAGCAGGUAUACAAAUUAUAUCCAAAGCUAAAUAGUGCCAUAGAUCAUUGCACGUGGACUUGAUUGAGCUGAUCCUAAGAACUAGAAACCACUUGGACCAGAUUGUCUUAUUUUUUAAUGCUGCCAUUAUUGAAGUAUAUACUUUUUUCCAUUAUCCCUUGAUAGUUUAUUUGAGUUUUAAUGUCAGCUAAGCUCAGGAUGCCUUCUUUUUUCAUGGCCAUCAGGAUGUGGAUUUUUGUAAUGAACCAGUUUUUGUGUAUAGAUCUUGCCCCAGUAGUCUAACUGGUCAAUUAUCUUCCAUUUAGGAGUUAAAUCACUUUUGUUUCUGUCAAUACAACCCUAGCCACCCCUCCCCUGGCUGUGACUAGUAAUAGUUUUAUUUUAAAUCAGAUGUUAACUUGAUUUAACUAUUUUUUGUCAUCUGCUCUUAAAAUUGAACUUGAAAUUCUAAACUAAACAGAAUGUACAAAUGACCCAUAGGAAGCGGCGGUGGAGGAGGAGGAGGUAGCCAACACUGUUUUUUUUUUUUAUAUAUAUAUAUAUAUAUAUAUAUAUAUAUAAAAAAAAUUUUUUUAAUUGGGGUAGCCCCCAAAAUAUUGGGACAUAUAAAAAAAGAAACAUUUGCAGCCUGCGGUGAAUUUCUUGCAGUCCUGAUGCAUGGAGAAAUGCUCAACUUCUGAUGCAUGGAGAAAAGGCCUUCACAAGGCUCUGCUAAUGUGUACCUAUUUUAUACUAAGUGACCCAUAGGUUGAGGAGGCGGUGACCGUGGCGGUGUAGGUGGAAGUGGUGGUGGAGGAGGAGGUUGAUGUAGCCAACACUGUUUUUAUUUGUUUGGGGGUUUUUUUGCUUUUGUUUUUUGAAUUGUGGAAGCCCCCAAAAUAUUGGGACAUACAAAAAAAGAAAACAAAGAAUAAGUGCACUUGAGUAUAACAAUGGCUGGGUGAGGCCGGUAUAAAUGUCUAUUCUGCACAAGGUACAGACAAGUCUGGUGGGAUCCAUGCCUGGUUCAUUUUAAUAAACAUGAGCUUGUCCACGUUGGCUGUGGACAGGCGGCUGUGCUUGUCUGUGAUAACACCCCCUGCCGUGCUAAACACACGUUCAGACAAUACACUGAGUGCAGGGCAGGCCAGCACCUCCAAGGCAUAAAGGGCAAGCUCAGGCCAUGUGCCCAAUUUGGAGACCCAGAAGUUGAAUGGGGCAGACCCAUCAGUCAGUGCGUAUAAGUGUGUGCACACGUACUGUUCCACCAUGUUGCUGAAAUGCUGCCUCCUGCUAAGACGUUCCAUAUCAGAAGGUGGUGCUGGUUGUUCGGGGGUGCUGACAAAGCUGUUCCACAUUUCGGCCAUGCUAACCCUGCCUUCUGAGGUGCUGGUGGUGCCCCAGCUGCAUUGGCAAUAUCUUCUUCCUCCUCUGCCUUUGCCUUGUGCUUCCACUGAGCCCCUGGUGUCAGUUGGGAAUGCCCUCAGCAGCGCGUCUACCAGCGUGCACUUGCAGUCGCGCAUCUUCCGAUCACGCUCCAGUGAGGGAAUUAAGGACGGAACGUUGUCCUUGUAACAGGGAUCCAGCAGGGUGGCCACCCAGUAAUCAGCACAAGUUAGAAUGUGGGCAACUCGGCAGUUGUGGCGCAGGCACUGCAGCAUGUAGUCGCUCAUGUGUGCCAGGCUGCCCAGAGGCAAGGACAAGCUGUCCUCUGUGGGAGGUGUAUUGUCUGGGUCCUCCGUAUUCCCCCAGCCACGCUCCAGUGAUGCCCACGAGCUGCAUUGGGUGCCACCCUGCUGUGAACACUGUUCCUCCUCAUCCUCCAGCACUGUGCCCUGGCUGGACAAUUGUGUACCUGGCCUAUGCUGGUGCAGGAACCCACCCUCCAAGCCACUUGUGAAUGACUGAUAACCGUGGAUAUGACCCCUCCUCCCCUUCCUCCUGUGCCACAUCCUCUUCCAUCAUCGCCUGCAGCGUUUUUUCAAGGAGACAUAGAAGCGGGAUAGUAAGGCUGAGAACUGCGUCAUCGGCACUGGCCAUGUUGUUGGAGUACUCUAAACAGUGCAAAAUGGUACACAGGUCUCGCAUGGAGGCCCACUCAUUGGUGGCGCAUGUGCUGAAUUUGGUGCAAAAAUCUGCUACGAGAUUUCGCCCAUUAUCGCACACUACCAGGCCGGGCUUGAGGCUCAGUGGCAACAAUCACUCAUUGGUCUGUUGUUCCAUGCCCGUCCACAGCUCCUGCGCGGUAUGGGGUUUUCCCCCCAAACAUGAGAAUUUUAAAACAGCCUGCUGUCAUUUCCCCCUGGCUGUGCUGAAGUUGGUGGUGAAUGUGUUACGCUGCCCGGAUGAGGUGGUGGUGAAGGAGGCGACAGGAGGCAAAGAGAAAUGCCCUGCAAUCCUCAGUGGCGGAAGGACAUGCGCCAGACUGCUAUCCGCAUCAUGCCCAGCCGCCACUACAUUUGCCCAGUGUGCAGUUAGGAAGAUAUAGCGUCCCUGCCUGUGAUUACUGGUCCACGUAUCUGUGGACCUUGCCACUGAUGGAGUUGCGCAGUGCACACCUGAUUUUGUCCACUAAUUGGUUGUGCAGGGAAGGGAUGGCUCGCCUGGAGAAGUAGUGGCGGCUGGGAACCACGUACAGUGGGACAGCCACUGCCAUCAGGUUUUUAAAACUGUCAGUCUCCCCCAGACGAAAUGACAGAAUUUAAAAGGCCACAAAUUUUGAAAUGCUGGCAUUCAGGGCCAGAGAUCGCGUGUGGGUAGGGGCGUACUUCCUCUUUCUCUCCAGUGUUUGAGAGAUGGACAGCUGAAUGCUUCCAUGCGACAGUGUGGAGAUGCUUGGGGACGGUGGCGGACAUGAUGGCAUUGCUGCCACAUCCUCUGUUUGCUUCACUCCAGAGGUGGAGGAAGAGACUGAGACAGCAGCAGAAGAGGAAGCAGGAGGAGCCUGAGACCUUUCUUGGUUUUUGAUGUGCUUACCCCACUGCAGCUCGUGCUUUGCAUGUAGAUACCUGGUGCUCAGGUUUAGCGCGUUUAUGCCUCACUUCAGGCCCUGAUUGCACAGUGUGCAAACCACUCGUGUUUUGUCGUCAGCACAUUGUCUGAAGAACUGCCACGCCAGGGAACUUCUUGGAGCUGGCUUUGGUGUGCUCGGUCACUGUGUGCGGUGGGCAGUAACAGACGUACCGUCUAGGGGACGGCCGCUCCGCUUUUGCACCCUGCUCCCUCUUAUGCUGUGCUGGUGCCUCUGUGCGACCAGCGCCUCUUCCUCCAAACUGCAUAGGUCACUCUCAUGACCUUCAUUUCAUGUGGUGUUUAGGACCUCAUCAUCCUCCACAUUAUCUUCCACCCACUCCUCAACCUUGCCCUCCUUGCUGGUCUGCACACUGCCGAAAGCCACAGCAGUUGGCACCUGUGUUUCGUCAUCAUCAGAGACGUGCUGCGGUGGUCCUUGCAUGUCCACAUCCUCACACAUAAGUGGUUGUGCAUCAGUGCACUCAAUCCCUUCCACUUCUGGGGCAGGGUUGGUGGAUGGCCCAUGGAAACCCCACCAGCAGAGUCAUCAAAAAGCAUAAGAGACUGCUGCAUGACUUGUUGCUCAGAAUGCUUGGGUGAUUUGCAACGGGGUGAGGUGAUAGACAGAUGGCCAUGGGCUACAGGUGCAAACUCUGAGCUUUCAGCAGGGCACCAGGUGGGAGACAAUGUGCUGGAACUGGAGGCACUGUCAGCCAUCCAAUCUACUAUCGCCUGUACUUGUUCUGGCCUCACCAUUCGUAGAGCGGUAUUUGGGCCUACCAAAUAACGCUGAAGGUUCUGUUGCCUACUCACACCUGAGGAAGGUGUUUCACUUGUGCGUGUAGCUGGCACAGAUCGACCACGUCCUCUCCUUGCAACAGGGAUUCCACCAACACCAGAAGCACCACGACCAAAGCCACGUCCCUUAUUUGACACUAUCCUCAUUCUUGGCGUUCACCGACCAAACUAACAGAUGGUUUAUGUCAGGCGACAAUGUAAUGCCAACAGCCAACAUUUUUUUUUUUGCACUGCAAGAAAUGCAUCGCAGGCCGCAAAUGUACUAUUUAGCACACAAAAAAAUAGAAUUUUUGCAAGUGCGCUGUAAGCAAACUAUUAGACGCUUCUAUUUGACUCUCAGAUAUGAAGUGCAGUCCGCAAAUGUACUAUUUAGCAGAUUAGCACCCAGAAAAUUUAAAUUUUUACAAGUGCGCUGUAAGCACACUUAGACGAUUCUAUUUGACUCUCAGAUAUAAAGUGCACCCCAUUAAAAUACUAUUUAGCAGUUUAGGACCCAAAACAUUGUAAGUUUUAAAACUGCAAUGUGACAGCAGUAUUUGACGCUUCUAUUUGACUCUCAGAUAUGAAGUGCACCCCACUAAUGUACUACCCCACUAAUGUACUAUUUAGCACCCCAAAAAAAUUACUUUUUAAAACUCUGAUGUAACCGCGGUAUUUGAAGCUUCUAUUUGACUCUCAGAUAUGAAGUGCACCCCACCCUACUAAUGUACUAGUUUGCAGAAUUCUUUCCUCAGCCGCAGCAUCCUCUCACUACACUAAUAAGACCGCAUGUGCGUGCGGCGCUACGCGACUCCAGCUUAUAUAUAGCUUAUAUAUAGAGGCUGGGUCACAUGCUGCACUGGCCAAUCGCAGCCAUGCCAUUAGUAGGCAUGGCUAUGAUGGCUUCUAAGGGCACACGAGUCAAACGCUUGUUGAUUGGCUGCCCUGCAUUAAAUCGACGAACACCGAACUCCAACCCGAACAUACAGUGAUAUGUCCGUGUUCGGGUCCGGGAUCAAAAAAACGUAAUGUUCGGUACGCAUCCGAACUUUACAGUCCGGGUUCGCUCAACUCUAGCUGAGAGCUGUCAAUAUGUAACUGGGCCAGGGUACUUCUCACGUCAUCAGCACUCCAGCAGGCUGUUAUUGUACUAACCCUGCUGACAUAACGGUCAGAUACUGUAAGUGUGUGUCUAUUGAAACCAACCGGCCUAUAAGUGUGCAUGGAGCCUAUAUAUAUAUAUAUAUAUAUAUAUAUAUAUAUAUAUAUAUAUAUAUAUAUAUAUAUAUAUAUAUAUAUAUAUAUUAGAUUUUUUUUUAAUUGAUAGGGAGGGACAUGUUAAUUAGGUAAUAAAAGUUCUAAACUUGUUAGGACCGGUCAGGACAGGUUGUCAUUUAGCAAGUGAGAACAAAUUAAUUUGUGUACCUCAACAUGUUCAAUCCCCUGAUGUCCCCUCCCCCCACAAUCCCUCUCCUUAUCACUUUCCAUGUCCUCUCCCAGAAUCCCUCUCCUUAUCACUUUCCAUGUCCCCUCCUCCCACAAUUCCUCUCCUUAUUACUUUCCAUGUCCCCUCCCAGAAUCCCUCUCCUUAUUACUUUCCAUGUCCCCUCCUCUCAGAAUCCCUCUACUUAUCACUGUCCAUGUCCCCGCCCAGAAUCCCUCUACUUAUCACUUUCCAUGUCCCCUCCCACACUUCCUUUACUUAUCACUUUCCAUGUCGUCUUCCCCCAGAAUCCCUCUCCUUAUCACUUUCCAUGUUCCCUCCUCCCACAAUUCCUCUCCUUAUCACUGUCUAUGUCCCCUCCUCCCAGAAUCCCUCUCCUUUCCUUAUCACUUUCCAUGUCCGCUCCGCCCAGAAUCCCUCUACUUAUCACUUUCCAUGUCCCCUCCUCCCACAAUCCCUCUUCUUAUCACUUUCCAUGUGUCCCCCAGAAUCCCUCUCCUUAUCACUUUCCAUGUCCCCUUCCCCAGAAUCCCUCUCCUUAUCACUUUCCAUGUCCCCUCCUCCCACAUUUCUCUCCUUUCCACUCACAUUAAUGUCCCCUCCCACACUUCCUUUCCUUAUCACUUUCCAUGUCGUCUUCCCCCAGAAUCCCUUUCCUGAUCACUUUCCAUGUCCCCUCCGCCCACAAUCCCUCUUCUUAUCACUUUCCAUGUCGUCUUCCCCCAGAAUCCCUCUCCUUAUCACUUUCCAUGUCGCCUCCUCCCACAAUUCCUCUCCUUAUCACUUUCCAUGUCCCCUCCUCCCAGAAUCCCUUUCCUUAUCACUUUCCAUGUCCCCUCAUCCCAGAAUCCCUCUCCUUAUCACUUUCCAUGUCCCCUCCUCCCAGAAUCCCUCUCCUUAUCACUUUCCAUGUCCCUCCUCCCAGAAUCCCUCUCCUUAUCACUUUCCAUGUCCCUCUCCCACUUUCCAUGUCUCCUUCUCCCUCCCUCUCCUUAUCACUUUCCAUGUCGUCUUCCCCCAGAAACCCUCUCCUUAUCACUUUCCAUGUCGCCUCCUCCCACAAUUCCUCUCCUUAUCACUGUCUAUGUUCCCUCCUCCCAGAAUCCCUCUACUUAUCACUUUCCAUGUCCCCUCCCACACUUCCUUUCCUUAUCACUUUCCAUGUCGUCUUCCCCCAGAAUCCCUCUCAUUAUCACUUUCCAUGUCCCCUCCUCCCACAAUUCCUCUCCUUAUCACUGUCUAUGUCCCCUCCUCCCAGAAUCCCUCUCCUUUCCUUAUCACUUUCCAUGUCCCCUCCCACACUUCCUUUCCUUAUCACUUUCCAUGUCGUCUUCCCCCAGAAUCCCUUUCCUGAUCACUUUCCAUGUCCCCUCCGCCCACAAUCCCUCUUCUUAUCACUUUCCAUGUCGUCUUCCCCCAGAAUCCCUCUCCUUAUCACUUUCCAUGUCGCCUCCUCCCACAAUUCCUCUCCUUAUCACUUUCCAUGUCCCCUCCUCCCAGAAUCCCUUUCCUUAUCACUUUCCAUGUCCCCUCCUCCCAGAAUCCCUUUCCUGAACACUUUCCAUGUCCCCUCCUCCCAGAAUCCCUCUCCUUAUCACUUUCCAUGUCCCCUCCUCCCACAAUCCCUCUUCUUAUCACUUUCCAUGUCGUCUUCCCCCAGAAUCCCUCUCCUUAUCACUUUCCAUGUCGCCUCCUCCCACAAUUCCUCUCCUUAUCACUUUCCAUGUCACCUUCUCCCAGAAUCCCUCUCCUUAUCACUUUCCAUGUCACCUUCUCCCAGAAUCCCUCUCCUUAUCACUUUCCAUGUCCCCUCCCACACUUUCUUUCCUUAUCACUUUCCAUGUCGUCUUCCCCCAGAAUCCCUCUCCUUAUCACUUUCCAUGUCCCCUCCUCCCACAAUCCCUCUCCUUAUCACUUUCCAUGUCUCCUUCUCCCAGAAUCCCUUUCCUUAUCACUUUCCAUGUCCCGUCCUCCCAGAAUCCCUCUCCUUAUCACUUUCCAUGUCCCCUCCUCCCAGAAUCCCUCUCCUUAUCACUUUCCAUGUCCCCUCCUCCCAGAAUCCCUCUCCUUAUCACUUUCCAUGUCCCCGCCUCCCAGAAUCCCUCUCCUUAUCACUUUCCAUGUCCCCUCCCAGAAUCCUUCUCCUUAUCACUUUCCAUGUCCCCUCCCAGAAUCCCUCUCCUUAUCACUUUCCAUGUCCCCUCCCACAAUCCCUCUCCUUAUCACUUUCCAUAUCACCUUCUCCCAGAAUCCCUCUCAUCAUCACUUUCCCCCUCCUACCCCCUUCUUAUCACUUUCAUGGUUUUGUCCUUAUGCUCUGUUUUUCUCUUGGCAGCUGUCCCUUCUCUUACUCCAAGUCUCAUCUACGGUCCCUUUCAUUCCGUACUUGUGAUUGGCUGCAGGAUUUUCCUCCUAGGAUGAUGGCACGUGUGGUCCACGAAGCCAUGCUUGAGGAUUGGCACCAGCUGAGGUUCAAGGAGUCAAUCACUGGUGGCUCUCUGUCCUGGAUUCCAUACUCUGAUGGUUGGAAGGGCUGUCUCAUUUACCCCCGAGGAUCAGCUAUGAACCAGCUCCGUAUCCUAACAACUGAUAUGUUAUGUCUCCAAGGUGGUGACCUUAAGGGGUGUAGAGGUGGGCAGUGAUUGGCUGGAAUAUCCUGAAGAGGUGGGCAGUGAUUGGCUGGAAUAUCCUGGAGAGGUGGGCAGUGAUUGGCUGGAAUAUCCUGGAGAGGUGGGCAGUGAUUGGCUGGAAUAUCCUGGAGAGGUGGGCAGUGAUUGGCUGGAAUAUCCUGUAGAGGUGGGCAUUGAUUGGCUGGAAUAUCCUGUAAAGGUGGGCAGUGAUUGGCUGGAAUAUCCUGGAGAGGUGGGCAGUGAUUGGCUGGAAUACUCUAUAGCGUUGGGAGCCUAGACUUAGAUUGAUAUGGGAAUUAUUCAGUAAAUUGAGGACACGUGGUAUAUUUCUGAUGAAUACGCUCCCUCUUCCAGUUUCUUAACCCCUCAGACUAUGUAUUGUACAUUUCAGUUCAUUAAACUAACAUUCAUCCUUUUUCUGGCUCAGGAAUAAAUUAUAAAGUGUGUUUAAUGGGCCCCAGCUUGCUAGCAGAUGGCAGCACAGACUCACUGUGUAUUCCAAUAACAAGUCCCUAUUCUGCUUCCACAAAAGAUAGCUUUAGGAAUACACCAAUAAUAGUGUACCUUUAAUCACAAUACGAUGCAAUCACAUGGUAAGGAACACGGCGAGAUCCCUUCACCGUGGGCAGCUCUGUGGGGAGAUCCCUUCACUGCGGGCAGCUCUGUGGGGAGAUCCCUUCACUGCGGGCAGCUCUGUGGUAAGAUUCCUUCACUGCGGGCAGCUCUGUGGUAAGAUUCCUUCACUGCGGGCAGCUCUGUGGGGAGAUCCCUUCACUGCAGGCAGCUCUGUGGGGAGAUUCCUUCACUGCGGGCAGCUCUGUGGGGAGAUCCCUCCACUGCGGGCAGCUCUGUGGGGAGAUCCCUCCACUGCGGGCAGCUCUGUGGGGGAGAUCCCUUCACUGCGGGCAGCUCUGUGGGGGAGAUCCCUUCAAUGCGGGCAACUCUGUGGGGGAGAUCCCUUCACUGCGGGCAGCUCUGUGGGGGAGAUCCCUUCACUGCGGGCAACUCUGUGGAGGAGAUCCCUUCACUCCAUUCAGCUCUGUGGGGGAGAUCCCUUCACUCCAUUCAGCUCUGUGGGGGAGAUCCCUUCACUGCAUUCAGCUCUGUGGGGGAGAUCCCUUCACUGCAUUCAGCUCUGUGGGGGAGAUCCCUUCACUGCAUUCAGCUCUGUGGGGGAGAUCCCUUCACUGCAUUCAGCUCUGUGGGGGAGAUCCCUUCACUGCGGGCAGCUCUGUGGGGAGAUCCCUUCACUGCAGGCAGCUUUUUGGGGAAGAUCCCUUCACUGCGGGCUGCAUUCUGGGGAGAUCGCCUGUAGGUUGUAGGAUGCUCUGUAGAUCACCUGUGUGUAGGUCCUCCUGUAGGUAAAUCUCUUUGGUGCAGGUUGCUCUGUAGAUCUCUUGCUGGUAAAUCUCUUUGCUGCAGGUUGCUAGGUAGAUCCCGCUGUAGAUAGAUCCUUCCCCCUCCCCCUCCAUAGGUAGAUACCCCCACAGGUAGACCCCUUGUAGGUGGAUACCCUUGCUGCAGGUUGCUAGGUAGAUUCCCCUGCCCCUCUCCCCCCAUCCCACCCCCUCCUCCCCCCCCAUAGGUAGAUCCCCUGUAGGUAGAUAUCCCUGUAUCUGUAUUGCAGGCUCCUUAGCACAAUCAGAUUUCCAGCCGGUGAUUCUGGAUCGGUCUGUUGUGCAACAGGUUAAGAUUUACAAAGAUCCAGUUGUGUAUGAUCUUGCAGCCCAGGUCCUACAAGUGAGCACUGGGAGACCCAGCUUCUCAGAGGAAGGUAGGUGUGGAGGGAAGUGGUCGUGUUGAUAAAGUGAUAAGGAAUGCGGGAGUCUAGUGUGGUGUUGAGGGGGGGGAUCUCUGAAGUCUGGUAUCUGACCCAUUGUCAUAUCCCAGCCUGCAGACUGUAGAGAUGGGCACAGAUCUUGCAUAAACUAGUAUUAUUACUCACUCAGGACUAUUUACUGUAGUGGAACUACCGCUAAACUGUGAAUUGCCCCGGUUAUCCUGCGAUGCGUGUUACUGUCCUGACAUCCCUUUCGUGUGUUUUCCCUAUCUUGAUCCUGUGUUUCAUUCUUUGUGUUUGUGUAACUGCCGAACAGGGACCACCACGAAACCUAAUUUAGAAUGUUGAUAUAGAACGUUCACACCUAGUAUUGAGGUGUCAGGACCGCAAGGGAAGCCACGGCGCGUGCAUCCCCUGGGUGGCAGUUCGUUCAUUAGACGAACGCCGCCCAGGGGGAGCAUUCGCGGAUUGCUUCCCACCCUGUUCAGUUCCCGAACAAGGACCUCCCCAGCGCCCAUUGGAAUGUUCACAUCAAUCAAUUAGAACGUUGGCAACAUAGUGUGAAACCGCAAGGGAAACAAUCAUAUAGACGAACGCUGGCCAAGGGGAGCAUUAGUUUCCCGAAAGGAGAUGUUUCCCUUGCCUGGUUUCACACAGGGACCCAGCGAACGGAGGCUGUUCGUGGCAGUUAUCGGUCUGGGGGUCCCUGAGGUUGGUGUUUAUUUGGGGAGAGGGGGGUUACCUAGCAGUGUGUGUAUUGGGGAGGGAAGGGAUCCCUAGCAGUGUUUAUUUGGGGAGAGGGGGGUUGCCUAGCAGUGUGUGUAUAUGUUUGUGAUUUAGUGUUGAUGACUUCUCUCAUGCUCGUUCACAGUCUUUGUUGGCGUCCGGUCCUCGUACCAUUUGGCUUCCUGGAGCUUCUGUCCCCAAAGCUCACCCCGACCACUUCAAGUAAUUAAUACCCAGAAUCCCAGUACCUGUAUCAAUGUCAGGUAAUGACAACAACCCUCUGACACCUUCUAUCCAACAGCCAUGCUGCCUUCCCUCCCCUACAUCAACUUUCUGUGGAUUCCCACCUCCUUUCUUGAGCUGCCUUCCAGUAAAAACCCCUUUCCCUGCUCUAGUUUUCAAUGUGCAAUGUAUACUUGCAGACUUGCAUCUUGAUAGAGAUAGCCCCUCACAUGGUCAUACAAAUGGAAUUGCCUUUGCCUUUUUCAGCCCGCACCUGCCGGGAGAGCUGUGUGUCUGCACGGAGAGCGGGGCCCUUUAUUUGUGGAGCGUGGAGACUGGGUAAGACCCUACCCCAAGCCCUCCUAUAUAAAAAUGGCUCCUAGGAGAGCAGAAAUAACAUUUUCUGUCUGCAGUCUGCAGAAGGUUCGACAGGACAAGGAUAACCUCUUUUUCCGUGAUGACUCGAAGUGGAGAUGGAGUGAUUUCACCAACCACCCAAGGGUGCUCACCUAUGCAGACCGGACAGGGGUGCAAGCCACAGACAUCAGGGUAAAUAUCCUACUUAUUGACACAUGGCUGCCACCAUGUAGAAUUAACCCUGUACUGGCUGCGGGGAGGAUGGGGACAUAUUGUGCAGCACCACACAGCUCUCAUAGUAAUAGAGGAAAAAGCCUUGUAAUAUGCUGCUUGAUCUACCUACCUCAAGCAAUCAACACUGUUAAUCUUCCAUACCACCUGGGCGUCUGGCAAGGGGUAUGUGACCACCUGGGCGUCUGGCAGGGGGUAUGUGACCACCUGGGCGUCUGGCAGGGGGUAUGUGACAAUACGGGCGUGUGGCAGAGGGUGUGUUCCUGUCUGACAGGGGGCGUGUGAGUAAUAGAGGAAAAAGCCUUGUAAUAUGCUGCUUGAUCUAGCUACCUCAAGCAAUCAACACUGUUAAUCUUCCAUACCCAUCCAGCCUUUUAUAAUAAGUACUUGUCCUGGGUCAUAUAUUUAUACAUCUACACAUUGGCUGGGCGUCUGGCUGGGAGUGAGUGACCUUCUGGGCGUCUGGCAAGGGGUAUGUGACCACCUGGGCGUCUGGCAGGGGGUAUGUGACCACCUGGGCGUCUGGCAGAGGGUGUGUUCCUGUCUGGCAAGCGGUGUGUGACCAUCCGGGUUCCUGGCGUAUAUCUUACAGGAGCAGAUGUAAUCAGAUUAACGGAGCCCACAGUCCCCCUCAUUCUACCUGCUCCUGUAAUAGUAUGAUAAAUCCUAUCGUACAUUCCCCACACUGGGCCAUCACCCAGCAAUGUUACACAUGUAAUCAGAUUAACAGAGCCCACAGUCCCCCUCGUUCUAUGUGUAACAUUGCUGAAUAAUGGCCCAGUGUGGGGAAUGUACGAUAGGAUUUAUCAUACUAUUACAGGAGCAGAUAGAAUGAGGGGGACUGUGGGUUCCGUUAAUCUGAUUACAUGUGUAACAUUGCUGAAUGAUGGCCCAGUAUGGGGAAUGUACGGUAGAAUUCAUCAUACUAUUACAGGAGCAGAUAGAAUGAGGGGGACUGUGGGCUCCGUUAAGUUGAUUACAUGUGUAACAUUGCUGGGUGAUGGCCCAGUGUGGGGAAUGUACGGUAGGAUUCAUCAUACUAUUACAGGAGCAGAUAGAAUGAGGGGGACUGUGGGCUCCGUUAAGUUGAUUACAUGUGUAACAUUGCUGGGUGAUGGCCCAGUGUGGGGAAUGUACGGUAGGAUUCAUCAUACUAUUACAGGAGCAGAUAGAAUGAGGGGGACUGUGGGCUCCGUUAAGUUGAUUACAUGUGUAACAUUGCUGGGUGAUGGCCCAGUGUGGGGAAUGUACGGUAGGAUUCAUCAUACUAUUACAGGAGCAGAUAGAAUGAGGGGGACUGUGGGCUCCGUUAAGUUGAUUACAUGUGUAACAUUGCUGGGUGAUGGCCCAGUGUGGGGAAUGUACGGUAGGAUUCAUCAUACUAUUACAGGAGCAGAUAGAAUGAGGGGGACUGUGGGCUCCGUUAAGUUGAUUACAUGCUGAAUGAUGGCCCAGUGUGGGGAAUGUACGGUAGGAUUUAUCAUUCUAUUAAUGCAUGCUGUCUACGUACAUACUGUGCUCGCUUUCUUUCCGAUUAUCUCCACUUCCAUUGUCCUGCGUUAAGAGAGUCUGGUUCUCCCCAGGUUGGUGGCUCUCAAGGCCUGGAUUUGUUUCAUAUUGGAAAAGAAGCUUCCUGUCGGAGAGGAGAGAGAGUUAAUUUAUCCCGUUGUUUGAGGGAGACAAACCCUGCGCACUGUCUCAUUACAACACAGGUAGGCACAGUGGUACGAGUGCGGAAUAAGGAGAUUGAUCAAUAUAUUGAAGAUCCCCUGACCCAUUCAGCAGUUGUGUGAGUUUUUUCCUGUUGCUGCCUUUGUGCCAUGUCAUGUGUGUACGCCAUUUCUUGGGUGAUGCAACACGUCAUGCAUACAUUCAUCUUAUCAUUCCAUGUCUCUGUAUUCUGAGCCGAUGUCUAGACCCACUCAGGUUUUCUAUUAAAUCUGUCUGUCUCCACUUCCCAGUUUUCUGUCUAUAUCAUGGACGAGCGCUUUCCUCUGGUUCCAGUCCUGAAAUGGGCGCAUAUGUUGGACUCUCCGCCCAUAUUCGCCAGCAUAAUCAGCAGUGAAACUGGUCGAUCCAAUAAAGUCCUUGUCAGUUCUUCAUGCGAACAGCAAAGCAUCCUUCUACAGUAUACAGGUACACUAUACAGAGAGUUACAGCAUACAGGUACACUAUACAGAGAGUUACAGCAUACAGGUACACUAUACAGAGAGUUACAGCAUACAGGUACACUAUACAGAGAGUUGCAAUAUACAGGUACACUAUACAGAGAGUUACAGCAUACAGGUACACUAUACAGAGAGUUACAGCAUACAGGUACACUAUACAGAGAGUUGCAAUAUACAGGUACACUAUACAGAGUUACUACAGGUACUUUUUAAUCUAAUAAAUAACAUUUGUUUUUACCUCAAAGUGCUUUACACAUAUGGUAAUCUAGUGAGACUUGUGUAACGGAUCACCUGGCACCCCGACUGGGUACCUCCGUUGAUGGAUGCUCCUAGCGCUUCCUGAGGGCUCCAAGCACUCCAGCCGACACCAUAACCACCAUAGACUCCUCCAGAGAGCAAGGCAGGAACAAGCUCUUACAAGAGCUUAGCAGUGAAUAUAGCAGGAGAGUAUGCAGAGCAUAGCAAUCCCUUUUAGCAGAUACCCCCAAUAAGAGGCGGCACUCCAAAUUGAGGGUGAAGUAGAACUGUCUAAAACUUUAUUUUACUUGGGACUAGCCCAUAUGAUCAUUACAUUAACAUUGCUGUGAAAACUCAAUUAAAUUACAAACAGUCAAUUCAUCGCAGGCAACAUACAGUGACUUAUUAUAACAUAAUUACAUAUUUCUAAAUGGGUGGGGAAGACUAUAAUUAACACAAAAUGUCUCUCCUGCAUGCAGAAUUAGCGAUAUGCAAAUCUACCCAAAUAUGCAAAUUACCAGUCUUGCUAUUCAGUAGUGCAUAUUACUGUUGCUACCAACAGAGGGCACUACACAAGCUCCAUAGCCAAAUCCACCUAGUUGGUAGCAAUUCUCAGCAGUACAGGAGAGCAGGCAAUACGUCCCAAGGGCCAUAGUCACAUGGCAGGAGGCUGGCAAUCAGUCUUCUCCAAUGCCCAGUGGUGAGGCUGGUUCUGCCACAACUUGAUCAUUUUUAGGGUUCUUAUCUCUUCUGUUCCAAACAGUGUACAGGUCUAUUGAGAUGUACACACACUAUGCAGGGACGGGUAUAUCCUCCCAAAUGCCACACCACGCGGGGACGGGUGUAUCCUCCCCAAUACACACACUAUGCAGAGAUGAGUAUAUCCUCUCCAAUACACACACUAUGCAGGGACGGGUAUAUCCUCCCCAAUACACACACCAUGCAGGGAUGAGUAUAUCCUCUCCAAUACACACACUAUGCAGGGACGGGUGUAUCCUCCCCAAUACACACACUAUGCAGAGAUGAGUAUAUCCUCUCCAAUACACACACUAUGCAGGGACGGGUAUAUCCUCCCCAAUACACACACUAUGUAGGGACGGGUAUAUCCUCCCCAAUACACACACUAUGUAGGGACGGGUAUAUCCUCCCCAAUACACACACUAUGUAGGGACGGGUAUAUCCUCCCCAAUACACACACUAUGUAGGGACGGGUAUAUCCUCCCCAAUACACACACUAUGCAGGGAUGGGUAUAUCCUCCCCAAUACACACACUAUGUAGGGACGGGUAUAUCCUCCCCAAUGCACACACUAGGGGACGGGUAUAUCCUCCCCAAUACACACACUAUGUAGGGACGGGUAUAUCCUCCCCAAUACGCACACUAUGUAGGGACGGGUAUAUCCUCCCCAAUACGCACACUAUGAAGGGACGGGUAUAUCCUCCCCAAUACAUACACUAUGUAGGGAUGAGUAUAUCUUCCCCAAUACACACACUAUGUAGGGAUGAGUAUAUUCUCCCCAAUACACACACUAUGUAGGGAUGAGUAUAUCCUCCCCAAUACGCACACUAUGUAGGGACGAGUAGAAGGACGGGUAUAACCUCCCCAAUACACACACUAUGCAGGGACCGGUAGAACCUCUGCAAUACACACACUAUGCAGGGACGAGUAGAACCUCCCCAGUACACACACUAUGUAGGGACGUGUAGAACCUCCCCAAUACACACACUAUGCAGGGAUGGGUAUAUCCUCUCUGGGACGAAAGUAACUUCGCCACUGGUUUUUGGAGGGGCCUGUUUGCCAGCCUCCUACCCUGUGACUAUGGCCCCUGCAAUAGACCUGGCCAAAAUACUUUAAACAGGCUUUUUUUUGUGCAGUUGAGACUAUAUGGUUAGUUUACCGAACAGCCGCACGAACCGGAGACCACCCUGGAGCUUGUUAAGCUUAAUUGAUACAUUGUUGCAAUUUCCACUGCAGUGGUCCAAGUGUUCGUCUGGAUGGCCGCAAUUCCUAAAGAUGACCACGAGGUGGCGUCCAUCUUGUUCGAAUGGACCAAAACCGCAAAUAGACUUCGGGGGGACUUAUCCGCAAAUGCCCUGGAACGAUUUUCGGCAUGAAAACCUUGCGGUUCCCAGUCGGUCCUCCAAUGGCACUUAAGGGACCAUGCCUGCAGUCGGUCAAAUAAAUGACUUCCAGGAAAUUCCUGAACCCUUGAACCGAUCUGGGUGAUUUUUGGAUAUGUUGGUCACCCAGAUCAGGACUAUUAGGGGGGUGUAACAUUUGUGAGGUUUUAUGUAUUUUUUAGUAUAUCCUCCCCAAUACACACACUAUCUACGGAUGGGUAUAUCCUCCCUAAUACACACACUGUGCAGGGACGGGUAUGUGGCAGCCUCCUCGUUGAGAAGAAGAGUUUUGCUGCUAUUGGAAGGGUUGCUGUAGGGCAGAGCAGGAACAGCUCUUAAAAGAGCUAGUGAUUAAGCACUCCAAACAGAGAGAGAGAGACUGUUGUAGCGUUCUCCCACAAACAUGCUGUGAGAUAACUGAGUUUAAUGGAGCCACACACGGCCUUUUAUGUCAAUCGCCAUGCAAAGGGCACUUCCCUCUGGACCUGAGAGUAGACUACAGUACAGACAAUCAUACAAUGACAUUGGCUCUCAGGUCCAGGACACUCCCAUACACAAACAAUCUAAUCCAUCCUCUGUGUUUGGGAGAUAAUUAGAUUAUGUGAAUAUAGCACCUCAUUCAAUUCUCUCCAAGCACAGAAAAAAUGUACUUUUACACAGUACCCCAAAACUCAUGGAAACCCCACUAAAGUUAUAUCACCUAAUAGCCGCGAUCUGGGGGACCAACAUAUCCAAAGAUCACACAGAUUGGUUCAGGGGUUCGGGAUUUCCAUGAAAGUCACAUUUUGACCGACAGCACACGAGGCUCCUGCCAAAAAGACUGCAUUGUUUGCCUUGUUAAGACCCCUGGAUUCUCACAAGCCGUGGGGUUGGACAUGCUGGCCCUCCACAAUAUGCCGUGCCAGCCACGAGAGUUGUAAGCUUGUCAGGAUUAUUUGCUAGAGUGACAAUUGUCAGCAAUUCAAAGUGAAUUUAAAAUCUCAGACCAAAUUACAUCUUAACUUGAAAUCCACCUUUAAUUCACUACAAAUCUUACUUUAGUGAAUAGCCUUGUGUAUGCUUUGUUUUAAUACGUAUUUAUUCAGAAUGUCCGUCUUACAGCCACUACAUGAGCAUCGAAAGUAAAACGUUCGAUAAGAUAUUGUAACUAGUGCAUGACGAGAAAUAGUUGACGUUCUGUUUUCUAAUAACGACAUUAACUAACUGUAGGCGGAUUAAAGUUAAAUCUGUUAAACAAAAAAUGUUGUUGUGAAGAGUUAUGGACUUGGGGUCAUAUAACAGCUACGAUGAAAAUUAAACCUAAAAGCUUAACUUUCCACGAGCAUCCUUCACUCAGGUAAGCUAUUGGUGAUGGAGAGUACACUGUCGGGUAGACCAGCCACAACCGCAGAGGAGAAUAGAGCUGCUUAUUUUACACUAAUAUGUAAGUAGGAAAAUAAUAAUUCCAUGUUUGAACAGUUAUAGCCAUUCAUUCUUUAUUUUUUAAAUGUGUAGCCAAUCCAUUUUAAAGAAGAAAUUAAGUUUGGUAGUAAAUAGGUUUGGGCGUUUAUUCCUCUAUAUGAUAUUAAUGAGCUUCGUAUACUACUCUACCUCCAGGGGGUGCUACUUCUACUUGCCAGCUUCUCCAACCAGCCCUUGUUCUCCCACAGUUGGCUGGGAGUCUGAUGCAUCUUCCUCCAUUGCUCCCUCUGCAGCAGGACUUGGUGACCCAGAGACUAGCAUCUUCUAUAGCCGGUAAAUGCAAGCAUUUCUUUUGAAGUUCUCUGUUUAUUGGACUUGGCAAGCCUUGGUUGGCAUGUUUAAAUGAUCUUAUUAAGAUGUUUAAAUGAUCUGAUUAUAGACUUCUAGUAGGAACUAUGCAUGCUCUAGUUAUAACUUCCUUUAGAUUUACUAUUUUUGCUCCUUUUUAUCUUCCAUGCAGGAUUGGCUGCUGUUGGCACGAAGGGUGACCAGGAGUCCGUGACUGUUUUUCACCUCACAGAGGCUGGAGACCUCUUUGUUCAGAGGCUUUUGUAUGUUGGCCAAGGACCUGAGACAUGGCAAGGUCCUGGUCAUGAGCAAACAUCGGAGGAUUACUCAAACAAUGUACCACGGACACCUGAGGCAGACUGCACCAGUACUCAAUAUACACCGCAUAGCGUGAGUUCCGUUCAGCAACCACCUACGGCACAGAAUGCAGUGGUUAGUGUUCAAGAAGAAGAAAUUGAUUUCACCUCUGUAGAAACUUGUGCAGUAAUUACUGGCUCUGAGGAAGAGGCAUUAAGUCUUCCACCUGAAACUCAACCACCAGGAUCAAUUCAUACUCCGCUCACAUAUUAUGAAGUUGGCAUCAAUCACCACCAUGAAAAUGCUGAAUUUGAUCUUGAAUCAGAGGAGACAAGAACUGUGGAAGAACCCAUCAAUAUUGAUUGUAUUCCUAAGACAGCACCUAUACCUACCUUCCAGACCAAACCUUGCCUCAGCUCUGAGUCUUGCUUGCGAUACAAACACUGGUUCAGCAAUCUUCUUCAGGAUUACAGUAGUGGGAAAGCUGAACGACAACAGCGCCCAAAGUUUUAUAUAAACCAGCUCAUCCGUACUCUAGCUGUAAUAGACCCAGCACAGGAUUUGGAUAAUCUGCGUGGAAAACUGCGUGAAAGUAUGAGGCAAAGAACACUGGUGCAAAUUAAGACUCAAAAAGAGCACAGCCCUUUAGAAUCUGUUUGUCCACAACGCUGGAAGGAUUCCCUGAGCCAGAGGCUAACUGCGGCUUGGGAGGGGAAGUUGGAACUCUGGUGGAAUGACUACCUGGGCCUAAACCAAAACAGUAAAAUACAGUCUCUCAGAGAGCGUCGACGCAUGCAGAAGUUACGGAGAGCUCAUAGUAGAAGCACUCUCUCUAGUAGCUUCACCUCAAGCCUAAGUUUUGAGUCAGAACACUCUGACAUGGACACCAACUCUCCGUGGUCAAACAGUCUUGGUCUCUCAGAACAUGAAUCUUCUUCCGGUGUGGCCACAGGAGCCCAGACGAUCUCUGCUUCUCCCAGAUUAUCAGCAACUGUGUCUAGGGGAAUGUCCGAACUCUCCAAAACUUUAAAUAUUGACGCAACAAGUAAACAAAAGCUCAGAUCCCAAAACGUACAACAGAAUCCAAGUACCCACAAGAAGCCCGCCAACUCUUCCACUCUGUUAUCAUCUCAGUCUCUACGUUCAAAAGGAAUACCCAAGGAAAGGACUCGAACGAUGCUGGACUUUCUGUCCUUCCUAGGGGAACCCUCUGAACCUGUAGACUUUCCCUCUUCUUCCAGCUCCUUGUUACCUGUCCAAAUCUCACAGACUCCAUCCUCAUCUCAGGGCUCCCAACCUCCUAAUAAAAGGUCCCGGAUGGGCUUCUGAUCUGGACCUUGUAGAACAGUCAGAGUUUCCUAUUGCUGCAUAAAUUACUUUAUUUGCACUACUAGCUGUUUGUGAGAAAUUAAACAUUUUUUUUUAAUAUUUAUACGUUGGCUAUUUCUGUUAAAUAAAAUAGAUAUUUGCAAAAAACAGGGUGUAGCAGAGCUCCAAUACCAAGCAUAAGUAUCUCCGCUAUUCCUUACUCGAAGCUGAAAGAAGCAAUGUAGUAAUCCAAGACCCUUUUUCCCCCCCAGCAACUAGACGUCACAUAGUUCUGGUAAUCAACUCCGUUUAUUUUGGCCUUCAUGCACCGAGCGCCAGCAUGGUGUCUCCACAUCAACAUUUCAAGGGAGCCUCUGUUUCUGAGAGACAAUUAAAUGAGAAAACUAUAACUCAACCAUCUCUCAGAUCCAGGAAAACACACACAAUAUUACAACCUCUCAUAAAAACACAUCGCAAUAACAUAGGAACCCCAAGAAAGUCAUGUCGCCGAAUAGCUUGAGUCUGAGCAACCACUUUGUCGAAAUACUGCUCAGAUCCCUUAGGUGGUUCGGGAACGCCAUUCGACUUUUGAAUGGUCGGCCACUAGGUAAUGCCCCAAAACUGAAACAGAAAAAACAAGGCAAUUACUAGUCAUCUUUCUUUUAGGGAGCGAGUGCUCCCCCUGGUUGGUAGUUCUUGUCUCCCGAACGCUGUUCUCAUAGUUGUUCGGGAAAUUGGAUGGACACCAGUACAAGUUCACCGGGAGAUAAAGUGGCUGCCAACUCCUGGAGCACGUACGAACGGCGGCCACACAGGGGAAUCACCUGCGCCAACAAUCAACCCUUGGCCAACAGUCGGGUGGUCGGCGAUCAGAAGGUGCAAACAAGGGCACCACAUAGAGUCGAACAGGGGUGCACGAACAGCCGAACGAAAGGGGGGAAAAAAGUGUAGCCAGGGCAUCCAUUCCGCUACACAGGGAUUGAUCAAACCCAUAGCUUGAGAAAUUCAUUCAAUUCCUCUGUUUAGAUCUAAAAUUUUAUUCUGUCAUCAGUUCCUGAAUUACCCUGUAAAAGCACAUUACCACAUUUCUAUUAUCUCUCCGUAAAUUUGGCCUAAAUCAUCCAGAUUCCUGGUUUAGUGUACAUCCAUAAAUGAAUGACUUAUCAGGGAGUUACAAAUGUAAGGCCAGAAUUUCAGAAAGAGAAAUCGAGUCUAGUAUCCCCUGGUUAUUUACUGGUUUAGUUUAUCCAUCCUGUCAUUGGUUAAACCACAAGAUAUCAGCUGGAAGAGUACUGUAACGGAGCUUCCUGUACCUCGGUUGGGUUCCUCUGCCGACGGAUGCUCCUAGUGCUCACCAAGGACUCUAAAAACUCCACCAGACACCAUCAGCACCGCAGUCCCCACGUCCAGCGUUACAGCUUGGCUGGGAACUCGCCGUCUCCUACCCACACUGGACCUACAACCAGGUUCCAGUGGGUGAACAUCUCUUCCUCCUGAGAGUCAAGCAGGAACAGCUCUUAAAAGAGCUAAGUAAUUACAAUCCCAGGGGAGUAUAGUGAUAUAGCAAACCUUUUCACCUACACAUGAGACAGAGACUCUAUGUUGAGGGUAAAUUAGGAAUUUAAGGUUUAUUGUGGCCUUUUUUAGAGUUUUCCCCACAAGGUUACCACCCAGAUGGACCUUGUGGGACACAGGGACCCAGGAACAACAAGCCUAUUGUAACGGCUACCCAGGUAGUGAGAGGGUAUCAGCCGUUGGAGACGUCCUUUUCUUCCCGGCAAGUCGCUGUAUAGUAAUGGAGUUACUUGGAUCCCAUCCACUGGAUCCAAGGCAGGAGUCAGGUAGAGCUCUGAAAAGAGCUAAGUGAUUAUGCUGCAGAAUCCCCUUUCAAGAACGAGACAAGGCUACGUUUUGAAGGGUCAAGAAGAACCGGCUUUUAAUGACAGGCACCCUCUUUUUAUGUGAUUCUGUCCAUGCAAGGGAGACACCCACAUAAUUAACCAAACCACCAAUAAAACGUAAGUUACAUCCCACACAUCUCCUCCCCUCAGAUACGCUAAUAACACAAUUAACAAGGACACAUUUUUCCCCAAAGUUCGGAUGUACCCCAAAUACUUGGUGUAGUCCUAUUCUGGGGGACCAACAUAGUAAAAAUUCAGCCCAUUCGGUUCAGCAGUUCGGGAGUUAUGGAGCUUGAAAGUUUUGACCGACCGCACGGGCAAAGUAGCCAAAAACAGUUCUGGCCUUGCAGCCGGUCUUGGUUCGUGCGUAAAAGGUCCCGAACGGCUUGCCAUCUGUGUGUAAUCCAACGUUCGCCGGAAUCCCCAUAGGCUAUUAAGUCUUUCUACUGAACGCCUGUCGUUCGGUAGUUGUAGCACGAUUUCCCGGUGCUAUGGAGGUCUCAGCGGUGUUCGCCUACUCGAGUGUCCGAUUUUAGUUCCAGACACUCGAUGGUAAAACACUGCUGUUCAGGAGUUAAGAUGGCCGCGAACACGUGUAAGUCCCAAAAAGGCGGCCACCCAGGCACUUCGCAAAGCGUUCGUGGGUUUUUCUAUGCGAAGGCACUUGUUCCCAAUAAGUCACUAUCGCCGGUCUGACGCUGUAUCCCAAUAACAGUCACUAUCGCCGAUCUGACGCUGUAUCCCAAUAACAGUCAAUAACGCCGGUCUUACUCUAUAUCCCAAUAACAGUCACUAUUGCCGGUCUGACUGUAUCCCAGGAACAGUCACUAUCGCCGGUCUGUCACUGUAUCCCAAUAACAGUCACUAUCGCCGGUCUGAUGCUGUAUCCCAAUAAUUCACUAUCGCCAGUCUGACUCUGUAUCCCAAUAAGUCACUAUUGCCGGUCUGACUCUGUAUCCCAGUAAUAGUUACUGUGACAGAUCUCUCUGUCUUUGGAUUACUUUGAUUUAACCUUGGUUCAUCUGUUUGUUUGGUUAUUGCCCUGUCCGUACAGUCCCUAUGUUUAAUUCCAUUUUUCCUGAAAGAACUACUGUAACGGAGCUCCUUGUACUCUGACUGAGUACACUCCGUUGAUGGAUGCUCCUAGCGCUUCCUGAGGACUCCAAGCACUGCAGCAGACACCACAACCACCGCGGACUCCGCAACCGCUGUAUCUUGCCUGGAGUCUCGCCAUCGUCCUUCCACCCUGGAUCAGCUUCUGUCCUCCAGGACUGUGUGGGAAAGAACUCUUCCUUCCACCCUGUAUGAACCUCCAGCAUCCAGGACUGUGUGGUGAAGACCCCUCCUCCAAGGAGAGCGUGUCAGGAACAAGCUCUUAAAAGAGCUAAGUAAUUCAAGCUGAGGGGAACAUGCAGAACAUAGCAAUCCCCAGUGUGAUUAUAACAGCUCCCUCCAAUAACGAGACAAGGCUACGUUUAGAGGGAUCAAGAAGAACUGUCUAAACCUUUAUUUCCCUUGGGACCAGCCCAUAGUGUCACCACAAUAACAUUGUUGUGAAACCUCAAUAAAAUCAAAAACAGUCAAACCAUAGCAGACAACACAAUGGCACAUUUUUAAAGGGGUGGGGGAGACAAUAUUUAACAGUAAAUAUCUCACCUGCCUGCAGAAUUAGCAAUAUGCAAAUCUACCCGAAUAUGCAAAUGAACCAGUCUUGCAAUUCAGGUAGUGCAUAUUGCUGUUGCUACCAACAGAGGGCACUAGACAAGCUCCAUAGCCAAACCCACCUAGUUGGUAGCAAACCUCAGCAAUACAAGAGAGCAGGCAAUACAUUACACAGUACACACACACACUAUAAACAAUUACAUUACACACACCCUGCACCUAUAAUGGGUACAGGGUGACUAAAACAUAAGAGAAAUAAAGCAGCCUACAUAAAUAGUCUGUUUGAAGGUAGACUAGGGGAUUUAAAGCCAAAUACAUGAAAGAGUCAUAGUCACAGGGGAGGAGGCUGGCAAGCAGGCCUCUCCAGGACCAAGUGGCGAAGGGCACUUCAUCACAACUACCGAAUGGCGGGCCACCCAGCAGGGAAGUGUGCUGCUUGUUAACCUCUUGGGCUCAUUAGAAUGUGUGGUUAACCGCAGAGUGGUCGUCGUUCGUAUGAACGAACACGUGGCGGCGGCCAUCUUGGACAUGCGAGCGCCCAGCGGUGUUAGUCGACGAAUCUAUGGAACUAAAAACGGACGUUAUUUUCAUACGAACACUGCUGAAGCCGCCAACUUUCCUUCAUCUUGUUCAUCCUUUCAUACGAACGCCGUGCCGUUCGGUACAUUACUAUGCGAACAGAGCCACCCAAGAUAGUUAUCCCAUGGAGCCCAUUCGUAUGACUAUCUGGGGAUACGUUGAAUGUGGGGAUUCUGUUCGGUAGUUUUGGAAUUAUGUAUUUUUAUGAAUUUUUAUUAUCCUGGUGAAAUGGUGGUUAUGCUCUAUAAUUCUAGCACUUAACCCAAUUAUCUCCAGGAUAGAGAGGAGUGUCCUAUACUGUUCAGGUGGGAGUGUUUAUACCUGUACUGUUGUGAUUGGUUAUUGCAAGAAUUUGUCACAGUCUUCACCAGGUCCCUAAUGGGGCUGUCCUUGGGUGUAAGACCUGAAUAUUGAACUUUUAUUUCAUAUUGUUUGGUGCUGCUAUCACUGUUCCAGAUCCUGCAUCUUGAUUGGUUCAGCUGCUACAUAUGAAUACCACCCAGUGUGGAGACAAGCUGCUUUUAUUCUGAUACAUUGUAAGUGCAAUACAUGUAAUAAAUUGUUACUCUUUAUACAAUAUGCACUAUCUAUUUUCCUCUUUCUAUUUGGAGUGAAUUAGAAGAUUUGCUGCUAUCAUAUAAUUGGAUCCAUCGCUGGAGGUCCUUCAUACUUUCCAGUCCCUUAAUACAGAGGGAGAUAUGCCUGAUCUCAUCUUAUCUUUGUGAGUUCUCUACCACCCAUAAUUUUCAAGUGGUCUUUAACAAUAUCAC